AAUGUACAAUGUACACUCGCCACCCACGUCAAAACAUUGGAUGGAAUUGAAGUGACGUUUACACAUUUUUAUGUCGGUGCUGUAAAUUUGCGAAAAAAUCGCCACGCAGCAUGGGAGAUGCAUCAGUUUCUGACGCGGAGUCCAAUAAGCCAAGCCCUGGAGGCGAGGGUCCGCCCGAACAGGACCGGCGUCCUUUCGGUGAUUUGGAGUUCCAAGUUUCUGAGGUAGUAGGCCGUCUGGAGGCAGGAGUCAACGCGCAGGAUGUCCAGGAAGAGGAGAAAAGACCGGAGCCGCGAAAGAUCAGCGCUGGUUUCUUUGAACCGGAGGAAACGUCAAUGGAUGCUAUUUUGAAGGUUUUGGAAGACUUGGUGUUGAAGACUGACCCUAGUUGUGAGAGUGUGGAGCCGCCGCUGUUGCCGACGGACGCCGUGACGCGGGCGGCUAUACUGUCCCACAGUAUAUCAGCUUUGUUUGGAAGGUUGGAGAGGAGUCACGCCGCAAGACUUGGCGCUCACAUUGCUAGUGAGACUACAAGAUGGAUGGCGCAUAUGUUUAGGCUAGCUGACUACAAUGCAUAUUACCACCAGGAGCAAUUGGAAGGUCUCGUUAGAGUCACACGAAUGCUGCUGCACCACAGAUAUCCUAGAUACUUGGAAGACGGAGCAAUCGCGUUCACAAACCGUCUACCAUGCAUAUACAGCUGUGUGGCCAGCCCUCUAGGAGUAGUGCAACAUCUCUGCAGGCAGCUGGGUCUACCUCUAGCAUGCGUGAGACCAGUGCCUGUACAUCCUUCAGGACGAGGCAUGGACAUAGAAGCACUAGAAAAGCUUUACGAUGAAGACAUAGCAGCUAACAGGACACCCCUCCUAGUGUUGGGGGAAGUGGGUGCUCCCCCCCUCGGCUGGGGAACUCCCCUAGCGUUGUUAGGACAGAUGUGUUCGCAAAGGAACUUGCAUUUACAUGUUAGGGGACAUGCGCUUGCGUUGCCAGGUGCUACGGGGAGGGAUGAGUCAUUCAGCAUACCAGAUUCAGUCACACUCACACCGGGGCCGUGGUUUGGCGUACCUGGACUUCCUACUGUUACAUUCUACAGAAUACCUGAACCGAUCACAGUCAACGACCAAUCCAAAGCAGUGAGCGCUGUGGGUAGCAGAGAAGGCGCUUUAGCAGCUCUAGCAGGUCUAACAGGCGGUGGUGCCAGGCUACCAGCAUUACCGCUAUGGACGUGUGUCCGUGCGGCCGGCGCCCGCGCGCUGCAGGCUCGACUGACGGCCGCAUUCAGGUCCGCUAGGGCGCUGCAUGCUGUGGUCGCUAGCGCUGGACUGAGGCUGCUGAGUGAACGACCAGGCGGCGAUGAACCACCAAACGUAGGAAUAGUGGAAGCAGUAAGCCACGCAUCGGCAUGCGUAGCGUUUCAGUUCGCGCCCCCCGGCACUGAGAAACCUCCGCCGUAUUACGACAAACUCAACUCCUGGCUCGGACAAGUAUUGCAGAGAGAGGCUGAAAUGAUAAGCAUAGAAGUAUGCGAGACUGAAGCUCAAGGCGUAGUCCUGCGCUACUGCCCGCUGGAGGGCGCGGGCGGCGCGGGCGGCGACGGCGCCGUGGCGUCGUGGGCCGCUCUGUUGGACGCUCAGCUACAUGUCUUACACGCUACCGUGGCGCUGAGGGAACCCUUCCAAGCUAGGGUCGCGGUACAUUCUAGCCUGGCUCUCGUACAUGUGCCGGGGUGGGCAGGUCUAGGCGGAGUUCGAUACAUCCCCCCCGGCUGGGAGGGGGCGUCAACAGAUGAGCUGAACUCCCUGAACAGACAGCUGGUGGAGACGCUCAGAGCUACUGACGGCGCCUUCUCUUGCGGAGAUGGGGAAGACGGGAUGGCUUGCGUCAGGUUCGGUAUGGUGACGGAAGAUACAGAUGUGGAUGAACUGCUAGACCUGGUUAUAUCGGCCGGCAAGGAGGUCGAGGAAAGCAGCCGAGCGCUCACCAACAUGACUGAAGUCUUGAAGAAAGGCAUUGAAGAAGCCCAAGCGGACAUCGAGCGCGAGAACGCGGAGCGGCUGUGGCAGGAGGGACUGCUGCGUCGCGUGCCCGUGGUGGGGCGAGUCGUGCAGUGGUGGGCCCCCGCCGCCCCCCCGCCGCCCCCCGGCCGCCGCCUGCUGCUCGCGCACGGCGCGCUGCAGACCACGGCCGACGUGUACAGGUAG